UCGACACACCAAACAGAAAUGGCGGACACCGCGCACGCAGCGAUGGAGUCGGACGGUUGUUUAAACCCAGAAAACAAAUCAGAGAUGGAGACGCUAAAAUCACCAGGGGACGAAAAGGACGGAGCUAAAGAGGAAUGCACAAAUAUCAGCGAGGAUCCGUUCAAGAAGCCGGACAUUUUCGCUGCGCCGUCUGUAGCACUGAAGAAGAGCAAAGGUGUGCAGAAGCUCGCAACUGAGUCUGAUGGCGGUGUCGCAUCAUCUGAUGAGAAAGAUCCUGUUAAAGAAUCCACAGAAAAUGAUGAUCAGUCCUUUAAGCAAUGUCCUGAAAGUCUAAACCAAACUCCGGAGACUGAGAAGCCUCUUAGGAAAGAAAAGGAGAUCCAUGCACCAACAAAACCAGAGAUCAAAUCCAAGAAAACAGUUAAAGUGCCACCAAGUGGUAAAUUUCCUCCUCUUCCAUACACAGAGCCUCCAUGGGCCGAGGUACCAGGCGUCCCUUACACCUUCGAGUUGCUUAAAAAUGGAGCCAUACUGGACACAGUGCCUCUCAGUCAGCAGAGUUACUUUGUGGUGGGACGCUUACCUGUGUGUGACAUCUCUCUGGAGCAUCCCUCCAUAUCACGCUAUCAUGCCGUGGUGCAGUAUCGUGGAAAGGUAGGAGACACCGGUGUUGUAGGAGAGGAGCUUGGAUUCUACAUCUACGAUCUGGGCAGUACUCACGGCACUUUUGUAAACAAGAACAAGAUCCCUCCGAAAACGUAUAUAAGAUUGCACGUCGGCCAUGUCCUGAAGUUUGGAGGAAGCACCCGGCUCUUUAUCCUUCAGGGUCCUGAAUCGGAUGAAGAGGCCGAGUCGGAGCUGACAGUUACAGAGCUGAGAGAGCGAGCCAGGAAGCAGCGAGAAGAGCUAGAGAAGAGGAUGAUGGGAGAUGGUUCAGAUGAUGAUGACGAUGUUGAUGAAGACAACAAGGAGGAGAAGAAUGAAGAGAGUGUUGCUCGAGGAAGACGUGCUGCAGAAGACAGUGGCUGCUCGUGGGGAAUGGGAGAUGAUGCAGCCCCGGAGGAGGAUGAGAACGAGGAGAAUCCAUUUGCCACAGAGUUUCAAGAGGACCAGGAAGCAGCCUACCUGAAAGAUCCCAAAAAGGCUCUGCAAGGAUUCUAUGAUCGAGAAGGAGAAGAACUGGAGUUUGAGUAUGACGACAAGGGACAUGGCACCUGGCUGUGCAGAAUCAAGUUGCCGGUGGAUGAUGCUCUGGGUAGGCAGCUGAUCGCUGAAGUCACACACUCUGGUAGAAAGAAGGAGGCGGCUGUACAGUGCUGUUUGGAGGCGUGCCGCAUGCUGGAGGCUCGAGGUCUGCUGAGGCAGGAGGCAGUCUCUCGCAAGCGUAAAAAGAAAAACUGGGAGGAUGAUGAUUAUUACGACAGCGAUGACGACUCCUUCCUGGACCGGACAGGUACUGUUGAAAGGAAGAGAAAAGAACGCAUGAAAAAAGCCGGCAAGAUCCAGGAGAGGCCCCAGACCUACGGCUCUCUGGUUGCUAAGCUCGCUGAAGUGGAGAAAGAACUGGCUACGACUGAGAACACGCUCAACUCUUCAGGGAAAGGGGGCUCCAGCUCAGCUACAGAGGACCCUCUGGAUGCGUUUAUGAGCUGUGUGCACAGUCAGGCCGCUGUGGACUUGGUACAGAGAAAGAAGAUGCAUGUCCAUGUUGCUGAACUGAAGAAGGAAGCACAGCAACUGCGAAAGCUCAUCGACUUAACCAGACCCACAGAGCUGCCCUCACUGCAGAGCCGGCCUGGCAAUCAAUCAUCUGAGCCUGACAAGCCCAAGAAGUUAGUCCUGCCAUUGUUUGGUGCUAUGAAAGGUGGCAGCAAAUUUAAACUGAAGACCGGGACCAUAGGGAAGUUGCCUCCCAAAAGGGCCAACCUGCCUUCUGAGCUCUUCAACAUGAAAGAACUUCCGCCUGGAGGAGAGGAGGAGGAAGAAGAGGAGGAUGAGCAAGAGGAGGGAGGGCAAAAGACAUAUGACAUGGACAAAGAGUGUAAAGAUGAGGAUAGAGAGAGCACAGCUGCUUCAGAGAUUGAUAUGGAGCCGGCACAGGCCGAUGAGACGCAACACGUCGAUGCCUCAGAUGCUGGAGAAACCUGUUCACGGAGCCCUAGAGAGGACACAGAGAGACCAGCUGUAAAGAGGCCUUCCUCACACGGAAAACAGAAGGCUAAAUCAGUUCAUCCUAAAGACGUCUCCCCCUCAGCACCUCAAGGGGAAGACCGACCUCCUCUGAAGAAGAGUGGGAAGAUGAUUGGUCCCAGCAGGCCUCCAAGCACCGUGUCCAAACAGUACCCAGAGGACGACCCUGAUUACUGUGUGUGGGUGCCUCCAGCAGGUCAGACCGGCGAUGGGCGGACUCAUCUUAACGACAAAUACGGCUACUGAGAGCCGUGAGACUUUUAUUGGUGUCAGCAUGAUGAGCAGCUGACAAAAUACUCCAUUCCCUCAAAAGUCUGGAUGGUUUAAGAGAGACUUGAGCACUUUGCAAAUGGAUUGUGAGCAGAGCAUUUUCUUGCAUUCUUUUGGCUUACCAUCUGUGUUCGCACUUACAGUGUGUGUUCUUAGUGCACAGCGCAAAUGGGUCUUGAAAAAGGAGCCUGGGAGGAGGAUAGUGAAUUACACUGUGAGGAUUUUUCUAAAUGUUAAAUCAGAAAUGUGAUGGAGCAGUCAUCGAACGUGGUCAGGACAAGCACUUACAUCGUCUGCAUUCUGAAUCCUGAUACGUUCACCUACAGAUAAUCGGUCAUACUGGACAAUUAAAGGAAACCACUCACCUUGAAUGGCUUGCAUGUUAAAUGUUUGAUUUUAACAUGUGCUCUUCAUUGGCAUCCGCAGGGUAUUUUUCUGAGUUAGCUUUUCUUUUUUGGUACAUUUUCACUUCCUUUCUACAUUAUGCACAGUGCCACAGGUGGUGCCAGUUCUUGUUUGAGAUCAUAAUCAUUGUAAAAUACAUUAGAGAUGUUGUUCUGUGUUCAGUCACGCACACAUCCUCCAACUUGUCACAGGAAUCAACCAACGAAUUAGCCCCACAAUCACUAAACCCAUCACUUUAUAUUGCAGUAUAAAUAUAUACAGUAUAUCAUGUGUUUCAGGGUGGAGUUUCCUUUACCAGCUAACUUUGUGUGUUUCAGUACUUUAACCCUUCAUAACUCCUUACUUGGUUUCAAGAAGCGGUCCAGUGCUGACUCAAUCCACCAUACUGGUCACUAUCUGUGUAACACUAGCUGUCCUGGCCGAGAUAUUAGGCCGUCCCGGGUGAGGUUAUUAAGCCGUCCAGCCAGAAACAGCAAGUGUUCAGGCUGGAUCUGUGUUGGGCUUGUGUUACCUUAGCCGAGAGAGGGCGAGUGUAUUCACCAGCCAUCUGGAGGCUUGCUCUGUAUCCUGGCUUUAAGAGCAAGCUGUCCAUGAAUCAAGUGACACGUGUGUGUAAGUUUGAUGAACAUAUCUGGGGGAAGGGUGAGUGUGCUGUGUGUAUGUGUUCCUUCUAUUUGAUAUUAAUGAAGAGUGACUCAGUGUUUUAAGGAGGCGUGUUGGCAUGAAUGUGUGUUGUUUUGUCCAAGGAAAGAUUAAGCCCUCCCACAGACUCUACAACUCUCCAGUAAUACUUUUUUUUAAGACCUUUAUUUAAUUGUUCUUUAGUCCUAGACAAGAUGUAAAAGAAAAGUGUAUUUUUUAUGACUCUACUUUUCAUAAAAUAAAUGGCUCAAUGUAUACUUCA